ACUCGAUCGUGACUGUGGGGCCCAAUGUCCACGAAAUACAAAAGACUCGAAUCGCAUCUUCACCUCCCAUUCAACGCCAUUCACACCCUCUUCUCCCCCCCAUCAUGUUUUCACUCUCCUGCUCUCUGGAGCUCUCAUUCUCUCUGUUGCGAUCCAAGGCUCCCUCGCUUGGACUCCAGCCAACGAGCCCAUCCACAAGCAAGUCGUUCAAGCUAACAAUGACGCCAAAACGGUCGUCGACUCUUGCAACACCUGGCUCGGUCCCGGUCCAAGUCACAUGUGACCCAGCAUCUGGCGACACCGAAAAGGCGAUCCUCAAGCUGGAUGCUACUCUAGAUCUAGCCACCGUUCUCUUGGCCAAAGCAGACGUGACCCUCUCCGCUUCGGACCUGCUCGACGUCAUUGGUCUCAUCAACACGCUCAAAGCCGACGUCUCCAUCAUCGUUGGACUGGUCACUGCUCGCCUGUUGGACAUCAAACUGGGCGCAAAGGCUCUCCUCUUGCAGGGUCUGCUCGUCAAGCUUCAAGCUAGCAUCAAGGGUUUCAAGGAUGCCUGCGCAAAGAAAGCCUCUGCCGAUUCGGCCAACAUCCUCAUCAAGCUCGCUCUGGACCUCGAUCUCGAGCUGUCGACUUGCAUCGGCCUUCUCGGCAUCCUCUGAGCCGUGGUCGUGCGCAUCCGGCUUUCUUUCACCGCCAAACAUUCCUGAUCGCAAGGCGUCACGAUGAACAAUUCGCAUUCGCAUUCGCUCGGCGGCGACAUUUCGCCUUGUAGAGAGAUGUGACAGCACACCGAAACACAGAAGAAAAUCGAACUCGCGUA